AAUGCAUUUUCUAUUUAAGAGUGGUAUCACUACAACGUUUCUGUCGUGGACAAUGGAUUGAAUGGCUGCCCUUCAGGUGUGUCAUACGUGCAGAAUACAACAAUUGAUUCCAUGCCUUUUGUAGCUGCAGUCGUUUGUAACAAUUACGGGAAUAUGAGAUAUAAACUCUUUGGAGGUUCGAGUCUAUCUGGUACUUUCAUGGAAAUAUUACUCUAUAGCUCUUGUGAUAAUAACUGUGACUUGGUCUAUGGUUACCCCUAUGAUGAAGUGCGCUCUACUUUAGCAUCAGCAUUUAGCUCCAAUUGUCACUAUAUGUAUGAUUGCAGAGCAUAUCAAGGUUAUUACCGAAACAGUAAUAAUGGACAGUUACGUUAUCAGACGGGAUGUCCAUAUAAUUAUAAUUAUUACAGUCACAUAUACACUGAAUGUGGAAUUCAGGUACCUUAAAACUGUCAUAAAUAAUAAAACAGUAUACAGUUCUUACAUCUCAGUGAUUAAUAUUGUAAAUAUUGUUCAACAUGUACUACACACCAGCUAGAAGUGAGUGGACUACCCUCUUUUCAAAUGUGAUAUGUACAAUCGGAGUACCACCAGGCUGCGUGCUAUCUUGUAGCACAGUUACAAAUUCAUCGUUUUUGUUAUCCUGACCCAUUGUGGAAAUCCCAUGCCAUUGUGAAAAGUGAA